AGAAGUAGAAGAGGAGGUUAUACUAUUUCGCCCCAAUAGUAGUCUAAAUUAACUUUUCACAACCACUUAACAAACAAUAGGAAUAUCAACUAUAAUCAAUCCCACUUUGCAACGACCGGAAAGCUGAAAGGCGACCAUGUCAAUACAAGACCAAGCGGCCGUACUUUCACAAAUAGCUAUGGCGGCUGACGGCGCACUUGUCGGCUUAGCCCUAGCUUACGUGGCAGUACGGAGUAUUCUCAAAUUCAAAGCCAACUCUUCAUCUCUUCACAAAAUCGAAAACGCGCCAUCGCUAAGUGUAUCGGAUCUCCGUUCAUUACUUUCAUCUGAUACUUCAAGUCAAUCCGACGGUGGUAAGGUUGUGAUCGUACGUGGUAUUGUAGAGGCGAAAUCUGUUGUUGAGGGUAAUUGGAAGAGCUUGAGAGCUAAUGUUGUUUCUGCUCAUAAUUCUGCUGAAAAAGGCGUUAUAUUACAAAGGACUCAAACUUGUAUCUAUAAUGAGUGGAGAGGCUUCUUUUGGUGGACUGGUGAUCUACAUUCAAUAUUUCCAAGAUUCCGGAAGGACCAAGAGUCUUCUUCUUUGAGAAUGGUUCCUUUUGUUCUUGUUGAAGCUGGGAGGUGGCCACAACCUGAAUAUGUUAAUGUAAACAUGGAUGGCUCGACGCAUCCCCUACCUCUUGUGACAGUUUAUCACCACUUGCAGCCUGUAAAUGCUACUCCGCUCACUUUCCUCCAAGCGCUCUUUGGUCAUCACUAUCCUGUUGGAGUAUUGGAUGAAGAAAAAAUUCUGCCACUCGGAAAAGAUGUAACCGCUGUUGGUGUUUGCAGCUCAAAAGAUGAGAUUUUUGAGAUAAAAUCGUGCAAGGACCUGCCCUAUUUCUUGUCUGACAUGACCAAGGAUCAAAUGCUGGUUGAUCUUGCCUUCAAAACAAGAGUUUUGCUGUGGAGUGGAGUUGUGCUUGGUUCAGUUGCAGUUGGUGUCCUUGGCUAUGCUGUUGUGAGGAACUGGAAUCGAUGGAAGCAGUGGAGACACCAGCGGCAGGCCCAGCAACAACGGGAUUCUGCAAGCAAUGACGCUGAUUCGCAGGUCAGUGCUGAUGAGGAAACUGAAGAUGUUCCCGAUGGUCAGUUGUGUGUGAUUUGCCUCAUGAGGAGGAGGCGUUCAGCAUUCGUUCCGUGUGGACAUCUGGUAUGUUGCCAGCGCUGUGCCUUGUCAGUUGAACGUGAUUUAGCACCCAAGUGUCCUUUAUGUAGGCAGGUAAUUCGUAGUUCUGUAAGGAUAUAUGAUUCUUGAGGAGCAAACAGUUAUGAGUGAUUUUGAGUAGCUCAUGCUGGGAAGGUGGUUUUAUUUUGUAAAGCAUGCAGUGAAAACCGCAUUAGAUGGUUAACCUAUUGGUCCCGAAGUGAGAGGAUGGUGAUUGAUAGAACUGAUGGUAGAUGCCUUUUGCUGUGCCAAAGGUAUGAGAUAUUAAAAUCUAACAUGCAUGUUGUUUGUGUCUGUACAUACAUUUUUUGCUGCCUCGUUGUAUCCUUAAGUACAAUAUUCAUCAUAAAUAUUGUUGGGAAGAAA